UACGGGAAUAAUGAUCCAAGACUAGUUAUUACGCUAAUAAAUCAGACAGAAUUAGAUUAUAUAGUUCGUAUUGAAAAUGUUCAAUGAAAAACACGUAUUUGUUAAUGGAUAAAUGUGUAUAAUUCGGGAAUAAUGAGUGCAGUUUAAUGUAUCUUCUAACCAGUAUUUAAUGAUUUAGAAAAUAAAAAUUACUGCCACUUCAAGUUUAAAAUCAUGAGAAAGCAUAAUUCUGCUUUGAGUGGUAGCGAUUGCUCUCUUAAGUUGCUUCGUUUAUAUAAAUAUUUACAACUUGCACGCGUGUAUAAACAGUAGUAAUAAUUAAUGCUAAAAACGUUGUUCUUACUAUUUACUUUUUACCAAACAUGUAAACAAGGCUAUCAUCACAUAGUGUGGACUUUGUAAUCGCUACGUUUUUCUUUUGGAGUUAAAGCAAAUAAUAUUUCAACGGGUUUUAUUUGAUUAUAGGUAAUAAAUAUAAAAACGAAUACAUUGGAUAAUCUAGAAGGGCGUGCGACUGCAUUAAUCAAGCAUUUAAGACGCAAGUACGGAAACCAGCUCAAUGAAUUUGUAAAAGAAAAAAAUGUUAUGAAUUUGAUAAAAAGUAACGAAGUAUUGUAAUUGUAUACGUAAAUUUAUCGACAAUCAGGAACUAUGGGGAUAAUGAUGGCGGCAAUGGGGAUUUUGUGGAAGUAGGGUGUGCUUGCUUACUUCUAUACAAAACUGUGUCGAAAGUGUUAAUGUAUUAUCCAACUAUUAUUGGGCUGGAGUGCUAUAAUUUUGCUGGAGUGCUAAUUUGAAUAUUAGCUUGAAAAAGAAGAAUUGUUUUUCUUUAUAACAAACUAAAACUUUGUUAAAAUAUGAGUGGAGUUAAUGGACUGCAAGGCAUUGAAGCCUUAUUUCGAGACCACAAACGCCUUGCAUCUAAGUUGACCUCUGAUGAACUUCGGGCAAUACGUGAUUAUAUCGAGGAGCGAAUCAGGGAGGAACAUGCCGAGAUCAGCUUCCGGUUGUAUGCUUUACAAAAUGACUUUGACGUCACUGUACGAAAGAGUUCUGAUACUAUAACCGAUUUGUACCAAGAACUUAAUGAAAAGAAAGAUCUGAUAGAACACUAUAAAAACUCAGAUGAAACUAUUACAAAGGUACAUAAGCAGAAAGAACAAAGAUGGGAGAAAAAACAAGAACUGUUGGUAUCCGAAAUAGAAAAACUAGGAGGUGAAACUGCUCGCACGAAAACUAGACUGAACAAUGCAGAAAAGGAACUAGAGGAAAAAUCCAAUCAAAUAGAAACACUUGAAGAAAAUCUUGUUGAAGCAAAUAAAGUUGUUGCAACAGUAGACGAAGCUAAACAAGUUCUAACCGAGUAUGAGGAAAAUAAGAAGGAUAAACUAAAACUGAAAAUGGAAAUUGAUAAAAGAGAUCGUCUCGUGCAGACUCAUGAAAGAACCAUUAACGCUCUAAAGAAUGAAGUAGAGGAGUUGAAGCGAGAGAAGAAAAUAAAUGACUUGAAAGUGACAUCGGUUCAAGAUGAGCUAAGGAAGCAGAUGAAAGAGGUCGGAGAGAAGUGUAAUCAGCUGUCCGAGACACAGUUUAAACUUCAGGUCGAGAGAAGACAUACAGAGAAAAUACAGAUACAGCUGAGACAAGCAACAGAAGAUGUGCAAAAUUACAAGAGAAUGAUAGAAAGUGCGAGACCUCCGCUCAAUUCAAAUGAUCCUAUAGUUAUCACGAUGCGAAAAGACUUAGAUAUAAUGGAUAUUCGAAUCAGGUCACUUGAUAUUGGUGUACGAUUGAGAAUGGACGAGGUAAAGAGAGUUGAAGAUCGACUAGAAGAUCUGAAAGAAGAUGAAAAACUAGUACAUCAGAUGAGAAGCGAGAUCUAUCAUCAAGGGGACACAUUUUUAGAACUAACAGCAACUGAAUUAGUGAAACAUUUGGAAUUCAGACAGCGUAGGCUUCACGAGGAGCUGAAAUAUGCACGUGACUGGGAACAGCCGAAACGUGACGCAGAUAUCCUAAGGUCGGAAAUCAAAGCGUUUAUGAAGCAAGCUGCUAUAUGUAAAGUUACUGACCUUGGUGAACGAGCAGCAAAACAGUUGCAGAAAAUUGACCUAAUUAUGAGAGGUGUUUCUGACACAACAACAAAGAUGCCGAGAGUAUAUCGCGUGUCGGAGAGAUCAAACGCAGACCAAAGACAAAAGCUUAGACAAACCAGCAAACCAGCCUUUCUAACUUCGUCUACACCUAUCAGCUCGUUUGAUAGUUCUAGUAACAAACCUACCUUGAGGCGGAACCGGAAACGACCGGAAGGGAAUAAAGUCAUCAAUACAUUUAAGCACCCGUCCCUUGAAAAUCAUACGGACGACUCGAAGAUUCAGUAUAUUGAUACUGUCGAUUUGGACCUAUCACGUAUGACACCAUCCAGUGUAUCAAGACGAGGUGACCAGUCUGAUAGAAUGACCAUGAAGUCAGUAUCAUCUACAACUAUACCUCCAAUCUAUAAAUAAUAUCAUCUAAGACUUAACACAAAGAAUGACCGUAAAGGGAAGUCUAGGCAAUAGUCACUUAUGAAAAAUAAUGAAAUAACUUAUAAAAUGGUGUUUCUGUUAUAGAUUAUUGUGUAUCUUUUCAUAUUUCUAUCAGUAUUAUAAUUAUAUGUGUACAUAUAUGUGUGGAUUCUGUAUGUGCAUAUAUGUGUGGAUUAUGUAUGAGAGCAUCAUAUGCACGCGUCUUUGAUCGAGCAAAAGUUAGAUGAAUGAACAUUCAAUGAAUCUUAACUUCGAGCUCAAUUAGUGCAGUUUUUCUUUAAAACUACAAUAUUUUGUUUCUGCAGUCAUGGAUUUAAUCAAUGUCAUGACAGAUAACAAAAUAUUAAUGCAUCCAAUCUGUUCUUUUCACAAUCCUUGUAUUAAUGCACUUAUAUAAUUACAUGGUUUUUUGAUAAAAAAAACUAAGCUAAUUAAGGUCGUUUGAUACCAAUACCAAACAAUAAUUUUAUGCCUAGAUAUACAUUUUCUACCGCAAUAUGCCAUGUUUUAUAUAGCACAUCAUCGGCAGUGUCCGUCUGUUUGUGGCAAUAUUCUUAUUUAUUCAACUUUAUUUCAGAUCCAUCUUUGAUAUUCUACAUCUUGUUUGUUUUCACUUUUCGCUACAUUUAUGAUUUGCGUCCCUAUUUUGUAAUCACAUGUACUGAUUCGUAAACUUAUCAAUCAAUCAAUCAAUCAAUCGUCCAACAUCCUUCCAAAUACUUACUUUUAUUGUGAAGCAUAAUAACCGAGGAGAUCAGAUUGGUAAAAUUAUGUUGUGUGAUAUGUGCGAGUGCCAAUAUGGAACAAAUGCUUGAUCUUGCCAAACUAUAUCACAAUGUUAUUUAUAAUGACUAACAACAAUUUGCUCAAUGUUUGUUAAUAAAAUUGUGAUUAAAUG